UUAAAUUUGUCCACAAUGUUUCGGUGAAGUUCAUGCAGAAGUUGGCCCUCUUUUGGCAUUUUUCGGGUACAAUACUCUAUGUUUCUUCAAUAUAGAACCUCUUUAUUAAAACUAGCAUGGUUUGGAAGAGGUUUUGAGCACGUUUGAUGUAUUUUUAUGGAGUUUUAUCGUGUUUUCCUGGUCGUGUGUCCGACUGUGUUUCUGAGGGGAAUCAAGAAGCAGCAAAAAAGAACCAUAAAAACCACUUGAGUAAAAGACGAUGGAAAAGCUUUUAGAAACAGAAAAGGGAGCUGAUAAACCCAAAAGACUGCACAGUAGAAGGAGGACAUUUCUUGGCAUUGCACGGCAUACUAAAACACCUAAAAGGAGCCUAUCUGGUAACACAGAAUAUGCAGGAGGAAUUCUUACAAAAACUCCAGUUAACAGGUCUUGUUCUGUAAGAAAACCCCUUCAGGUAGUUUCAGCAACAAAGGCAUCAAAUUCUUCAUUCUUUAGCAUUACAAGAAAGGAUAAAAGUGCCUAUGCUGCCAAGAUGUUUGGAACAAAGAUGAUGGAACCUGUUGUUAAGUCAAAGACUCCUGUCGCAUUCACCACUCCAAAACCACAGGGAUCCUUUAAUGUGCCUUGUGGAAAACCUGAGAGUACCGACGGUUGCAUCUUUGAGGGUCGUCAAUUGUCAGAGUCUUUAGGAAGCUCAAGUGACGAUUUCAGAAAUAGUUUUAAUGAUGGAGAGAAACCAUUUAUUUUGCAAAGUUUGUUAGGGUCAAGAAAAAGCAAAAAGCUAGAUUUUAUUGUCAAGGAUUCCAAGAUCUCAAAAUCUGCAGGUAUGAAUACCAACCAUGAUAAAAUGUCAUCAGCAUCAUCAGAAACUUUGAUUACGAGAACAUCAGCAUCAUCAUCUACAAUACCUAAAGCGUCAGUGUCAUCUGUGGUAGCUGAAUCAACUGCGUCAUCUGUGAUAGCAAAGUCAUCACCUUCAUCAUCAACAAAUUCAUCAGUAUCACCAGUGAUAACUGAUUCAUCAUCAUCCAUGAUAACUAAGGCCUCCAUAUCUUCAUGCACAAUUACAAGCUGUACUACAAGUAAGAGAAUGAGAGUAGAUGAAAAUAUCAAACUGGGGUUAGCUUCAGAUCUACCUGUUAUAACAAGUACACUAAAUAAUGAUACAAAAUGUAAACAAAGCAGUAUUAACCAGGGAACAUUGCAUACUGUUCAUGAUGAGGCUGACGAAGACAAGGAAUUCUCAAAUAGUGUGUUUUCAGAAACUGUUGGAAAGAAAGAUUCAAAAGCCUUUAACAAAGAUGUAGAAUCAAACUUGUCUAGAGCUCAAAAUUCUUCUGUUUGCUCAGUUAAAAUGGAAAAUAAAAAUGUAAAAAAGCCAGAAAGAAACAAAUUAAAAGUAUCCAGAAGAUCUGCUGGUUCGUCUAGGAAAGCUUUACAAGAGGCAAGAUUACAGGGAUUGAAGAACAACUUCAAGAAUACUACACAAGAUUUUGAAACUUGUAGCAGUGUAAGCCUAACCCCCAGUCCAGCUGAUGCCGCUGAAAUACCACCAUCAUCACCAUUAGAGACAGAAAUCUUCUGUACUCAAAAGUCUACACCAAGUCCUACUGGUAAUGAUAUUGAUAAAGUAUGUGUAUCGAAGUCAGAGACCCAGUCACAAUCAUCAUCGUCGUCAACUACUUCAUCCCAAAGCCUUGAAUCAUCAACCAAGACCAACAAAGACUGGAUGCAUUUGUUUGAGGAACCUUUCCCAAGGAGAUCACCCAGACUGAGCUCUCUACCUGCAAGUACAGCCAAGGAUUAUGAGUAUUUAAUGGAUAAUUUCUCACCACUCACGUCACGGAUGAGGUCUAAAGGAAGGAAGAAGCAACCAAGGACAAGGAGUAGUCAGAAGAAGAAGAAGAAAGGAGAAGAUGCCGACAACCACUCUGUGCCUUCAAAAGAGGCAAAGAUGCCAGUUUCACCUUUAGUGUUAGCUGAAAAAGAAACGGCACCUCCAAUAUUGCAAACAUCAGCAUCUGAAAAUGAUGCAAAGACGAAAGAAGAAUCUUUAAAGAGGCCAAAAACAGAAAAACCAGAUAAUAACAUCUUGUCAAAAAAGAAGUCAAACGUCAGCAUUAAUCAAACAUCGGAAAAUGAUUCUCUUGUUCCUUCUGCUACCAGUCUACAUUUAUCACAGAAUGAGAAGUUUUGUUUCCCAAGGCCACCAGCAAUUUUAUCCUGCCCAAGGGGACCUUAUAGCAUGAUAGUGGACUUUGCUUUGCCAGACAAGGACUAUGCUAAGCUGAAGCUUGCUAAGAUUAAAGGAAAUCAAGCCAGGAAAAAAGCUACUAUGGACUAUGAAGAAACAUCUUCUCAUUGUGACUUGAGGAAGAAAGAAAAGCUCAAUAAAAACCUUGUGAAUGAUAAAGAUAAGGUAAAUGAAAGUUUUAAGACUGAUGAGGAAAUAACUGAAAGUUAUGAUGGAUCGGCCAAUGCAGCUACAAAUAUUGUGGAUUCCACAGUUAAUAACAAAGAAACUAGAGGUAUAAGAGAGGAAAGGGAAAUGAAUGCGAUUCCAAGAGACAUAUCAGAUAAAAAUGAAAGUCAAAGUCAGAAAAAAGAUACAUUGUAUUUUGAAGUAGAGGAUGAUAAUGGAUUCAUUCCUGCCACUCCAAAAACUAAGACAGACCUAAGUAUUACUACUGUUAGUAAAAGUAAUGAUAAUCUAUCUGAAGAAAGAUUUACUCAGUAUUCUGAUUCAGAUAACACUCUAUCUGGAUCAAUACUUCAGAAUUUACAAGCAUCAAGUAUUAUAGAUAAUAACACUAAACCUGAAAAGGGAAAAAGCUUGGAUUCACCAAUUUGUUCUAAAAAUAAGCAUUUAGACAACAUUGUUACUUCAACAAGUUUAGUAAGGAAUGGACCAGGCUCACCUUCAAUUCCUCAAGUGGAAAAAGGAUCUCCAGAAUUGUUGAAAGUGCCAUUGAAACAACAGAAAAGUCUUUGCCUACAAAACCAUCUGGAAGAAUCUAGGAAGUGUUCCCAAAACAGAGGGAGGAGUUCUCCUUUGGAAAAGUAUAAGAAAAGCAUAGAAAUUGAGAUGAAAGGGAAUGAAAAUGGAAUAACAUGUGAAAAGUUACCACUUGGGAAAGAAUGUGUUCCGAGCAGCCAAGGAUCAACUGCAAGUCAAAGUCCAAAUGACUUGAAAGGUCUUUUAUUUCUGAAUGGAAGUGUGGAGAAAAACUCCCAUCCCAUUCCACUUUCCAACAAUGCUUUAUCAUCUCAGAAUCAGCAAAAAGGGCAGCAAGGUGGCUCGGAAACAUUAGAUGAUUCCGAAAACACUAGUGUUAAAAGCAUAUCUUUAGAGAGUAAGAGAAAUUUGGAUGUUGUACAGGACUCAAUAAGAAAAGAUGUACAGAAGAUUGAUGAUGCUCUCCCAUGGAAACAAGAAGACACUAAACUAGUUGGAGGGUUGGAAGUGACAAAUAUCUGUAGUGACAAAGAGGGACUCUUGAGUCAGGAGAAGUGCAUUUUGGGCCAUGUCAAUGAUGUGACUGAUCACUUGUCAAACCAUGGUUCAAAGACUUUGGAAGUGUUGGCAUGUAGAAGUGAGAACUUUGAAAUGGUUUCUGCUGCCAAUCAAAUUACGGUCAGCCAACCUUGUUUCAACAAGACAUUGUCCUUUUCACUUGGUGACACUGGAAAGGGUUCUUCUGUUAAUGAAGUUGCAGAAAGCCAUUUUGCUUUGGACAGUCUCCCAUCAUCCUUUUUACAUGACACUGAAAUGGGUUCCAUUGUCAAUCAAGAAAGCAAAAACUCAGAAUAUGCUCAAAACCUAGAGAGAAACAUCAAGAACCCUUUGGAUAUUUCAACCCUGUUAUGUUCCAAUACAGAAGAAUUUGACAAUACUCCUGGAAGCAUCAAAGGUACCAUGCCUCUGUAUUCAAACCCUGAGGAGUGUAAUGAACAACCUGCUGAUCCAGAUUGUUCAUUUCCACUUUGUCCCGAUACAGAAGAAUUCAGUCAUGCAGUAGAUGUUCCUUCUGGUCAAAACACAGGAGAAUUUGGUAUUGUAGAAUCGGAAUCUUUAGAGCCAUCAAUUGGGGAUACUGCCACCCCUCAUGGUAAAGCUAGUGUGCCGCAGGGGUCUUCUGUUAUGGAUAUAGAGUCUGCAUGUCAGGCAGAAAACAGUAUAUUAACUCCAGUGUUAAUGCAGGCUUGUCUACAGCAUGAGAACAGUGAAUCCAAUAAAGUGUUGUCGAUCAGCAUGUCGACAUAUGAUAGUCCAGGUCAUGUUGUCAAGAAGAGGGAUGUUAUAGCUGUGUGUCUGUCUCACUGGGUGGUACUGUGGAUCAAGAUGGGCGGGCAAGAAUGGACUGUCCUGAAAUCCUGGACUCUGGACAAUACUGAUUGCAAGAUGUUUCAAAUGGUCAAGUUCUUACCUGUUAUAUCACAUCUUGUCCUUUUUGUUGGAGGAAGGUUCGCUUCGGCAAAUGGCAGGGUUUAUGGAUAUUCAGAUACCACAAGCUAUGACUUUCAACUGGAAUAUGAGGAUGCAUGCGAUGACCUGAUGUCGUUCAGUUCCAUGUGUGUGUUAAAUGAAAAGGAGCAGUGUAUCAACUCAACUGCAAGUGACGUAGAGCUGGUUGUUGCCGGUGAAACAGCAAGCGGACCAGUGGUUAGCAAGUGGAGUCUUGAUUGUCACUGUUUGGAUGUGAAGAAACAUCAAGCGCUGACACUACCAGAUGGUAGUGGAGCUAUUACCUCACUGUGUACUGUUGAUGGGAACUGUUGCCUUCUUGUUGGCUCUACUGGAGCUCAUCUCCUUCUAUGGAAUCUGAAACGUUGUGAUCUCCUGAAAGAAAUAAACCUGUCAAGGCCAGGAUUGCACAACUUUGAUUGCUUGCAGGCUGCAACAGAAAUGGGUUUGCUGUUUCUUACCAUGUGUCAAAGAUCUGCAACACAAAAGGACAAGUUUGAAUCAGAUGCAUCACCAUGCCUUCUGUAUGCUCUAAAUCCACUCAACAAUACCUUCAAAUGCCUUAAACAUUUCCCCCACAAGGAACUGACAAGUUCUCCGAAAUGUUCUAGUGUAUUUGGUCAGUAUCUAGCACUAGGAUGUCAAGACGGUAUGGCAUGGUUAGUGAAUAUGGCUGCUCCCCAUCACUGGGCAACUUUUCCUGUCUUCCAAGGUGCCAUAGAGAGUAUAAGCUUUCAUCCCAACAGACCAAUCUUAGCAUUUGGAGGUGGUAAAAAUGCUUGUGUUCAUGUAUAUUCCUUAAGUUAAUUAGUUACUGCUUGCUAUGGAGGAGGUGGGUGAUAUGCAUGAAAACAGCCAAGACAAUUAUUUGAAAAACAGGGUCUAUUCAGUGAAUCAAAAUAUGGCAAGCAAUUUAAAUAAUUGUUGUGGACUGACUAGCCUUGUGUUCAUGUAGAAAAAUAAAAGCACUUUCACAAGUAGGAGAGGCUUGUCAGUUCAUAGCCUGCAGAGCAGGCGUUCUUGUGAUGGGUUUGAGGAAGAAUCGGUGUUUUGGGGUUCUUGUUUCAACUACGUGCCCGCGAGAAAAAUGGGACCUCCAUAUUUUCAUUUUGGUGUGUCUAUCAGUAUAUUACAACAACAAAAAAUGUAUAUUACACUUCAGC